CGGGUUCGUAGCCUACAGUGGGGUGUUCAAAUCUCAGCGAGGGAAGGAAAGAUCUAACUGAGGGUCUGCAGGAGGAGAGACGGAGGAGGAGUGGAGUCCAGGCUAGCCGGACAUCGGGGCUGCAGGCAGCAAACAUGUGCUGGAAUCCCACUUGUCUCUAAAUCUCCAUGGCAACAGCACAGGCCUCUCAUGUGACCUGUGACCCCAGCUAUUGUCUCUUUGAUCCUUACUCUCUGGACUCUGAGCUGGACAACGACUGCAGCAUGGGCAGCGUGGGCAGCCUAGUGGAGAAGCAGGAGUUCUCACCGGGCACACCAGGAGGUUUUCGAGGGAUGCGUCAGCCAGAUGGGUUGCUCCGGAAAGGAAUGUCCCAGCGUGAAGUUUUUGGCUACUUACAUGGGGGAAAGCGGGAUGCUCGGGCUGAGAAGAAGCACCAGUCGUCUGGUGGUGGCUUUAAACGGGACUAUGAGAGUGACCGGGAGAACCAGUCCCCUGAACGGUACUUCCGGGACAAUCACCGUGGAGCAGAUUUCUCCAAGAGCUCUUUGCCUGAACGUGGACGCUUUGACAAGUGUCGGAUCAGGCCCUCAGCCUUCAAGGUGGUGGCUGGGAAGAGCUUGUUGUCCAUGCAGGGGCUGUCAUCAGCAAAAGGCCAGAAGUUGUCCAAGAGCAAUGGGAGUCUCCACACACUAUUGACACAGAGUAGCACUGGCAGUUCCUCACAACGGGGCCCUCUGCGCAGCCACCUGCUGCAUACCAUCAGUCUGGAUGAGGGCACCAACUCCAUCCAAAGCUUCCCCACCUACAACCCCCGCUUCAAGCCUGCUCCAAGCCAGUUCAGUGCUUCUGUAGGCCACAUCAACCACAUUGGUGGUUCCUUAGACAGGGCCUCACGGGCACCACGGGAUCCUUUGGCUGUAGAGAAAGCACCCAUGUCCUGCAAGAGCCUGAGCCGACUGCAGAGCUCUGGGGAACCACCCCCUCCCUAUGAACCCACCUACUCCUUGGAAGAUGUGGUGAAGCAGCUUGAGGACCGGCUGGGUGAGAAAGGCAUGGAGCUCCGGCAGCUUAAGAGAAACCUGAGUGAAAAUGAUGACCCUUUCACACAGAUAUUCGAGGACAAACAGCGUUUGUGGAUGGAUGAGCUGGAUGAGCUGAAGCAGAUGUAUGUGGCCAAGCUGCAGCAGGUGACCCAACAGGCCCAGCGUAGCCAGCGGGCACUUCAGCUGCAGCUCUAUAAGGCACAGCAGGAGAAGAAGCGGCUCCAGGAAGAGCUGGAACUUCAGCAGAGCCAAUGUGAGGAGCUGAGGCUGCGGCAGCAGCAGGCAGAGCGCCUCAGCCCCAAGCUGGAGGAGACCAAGUGGGAGGUCUGUCAGAAGACUGCAGAGAUCUCCUUGCUCAAGCAGCAACUCCGAGAUGCUCAGGAGGAGAUGGCACAGAAACUGGGUGAGAUCUUCAGUUUGAAAACCCAGCUGCGGGAGGCCCGGACAGAACUCCAAGCCAAGGACUCGCAACAGACACAGUUGGGGGACUCUUUCCAAGCCUUGCCAGAGCCUGGCUCCCCUCUUCCUCCAAGGGACUCUCCCAUGCAAGCAUGCCAGGACUUCUUGGGAUGUGAAACGGAUGACUCCAAAUGCCGGGGGAUGCAGGGAGAGAAUGCCGAGGGGCCUGAGUGGCUCUGGGCAGAGCUGCUGCGGGAGCGGCGCCAAGCCCAGCUGCAGGCGGCUCACUUUGAGCAGGAGCGGAAAACCUGGCAAGGGGAAAAAGAGAAAGUCCUGCGCUACCAGCGGGAGAUUCAGGCCAGCUACAUGGAGAUGUACCACCGGAACCAAGCUCUGGAGAGGCAGCUGAGUGAAGUCCGGCAGCUCCAAGCUGAGCCCAGAGGUAUCAACUCCGAGUCACCUUGGAUUGAGAGAGCUGAAUCCUCAAAGAUUUGAACAGAGCAUGUGAGAGAGUCCUUGUGGCGGGAUUGCAAAGGAGCAGAGGCACCACCAUGCAACACGGACCCAUGGGAUCUGGUAGGGGCAAAAGGGCCUGUCAGCCUGGCCCAGGAAGUUGCUCCUGAAACACAGUCAGGAGCUGGGUUCUGUUUCUGUAGCCAUUAGCACUGUGGAUUUUGCAGACUGUUGCCAUAAAUGGAAUGGAAUCUCAGCAUGACAUCUGGCACUUUCUGUCCAUCCAGGUAGGCUGUUGCCUCCCUAUCACAUCUGUUUUGGAGGGCCGGAUGUUUUCCUGCUUUGUGCCCACAUUGGCACUGCUUGUCAGGAUGGAAGGCUUGUUAUGGUGGAAUGUGAAUGGCCAUGAUUCAGGGCUGUAGUCAUUUUAAAGAAAGUCUGUUGGACAAAACCAAUGAAGAAUGUGUAAAGGGUCAUGUUACUAGGUAAUCGUUUCAAAGGCUUUUCCUUAUCGGGGCUGGGGCUUUAUCCCUUCAUAACCAGAGUUGGCCUGUUGUGCUUCAUGGCAAACCCACCUUGGCCUGAGCCCUGUCCUAAAGGAUUUGUUUUCUGUCCAUCUGGCUUGUCCUCACUCUGUGCCUGGUUUUGAAACUCCAGUUUUGACAUGGUUGUGCACGUCUUGUAUUGUAAGUGACUGAGUGAGAUCCUGCCCUCCAAGAGAUCCUCCUGUGUUUGGAUCCUGAAUGUUUGAGAAACUCAAGCAUAAGCAUCGGCUUCAAAAGCUCAUUAAAGGUCUUGGCCGUCCAACAGGCCAUGGGCCUGGAUCAUCUGGGCAUCAGCUGUUUCUCCACAGCUAAUGCAAGAGUGGGGCUGUGGGCACCAUUGAUCCCUCUGUUCUGUUGCUGCUUGGUGCCCCAGUUCUGGAUUUGAAGGUUCUGGCCAGAGUGAUGAGCCCUGAAGUGGAAGCUCUGCCUGGCAACUUCUGGAAUAAAAAAUCUGUCUGAUG